UAAGUGGACUGUCAAAUAAGUUUAUUUUCAGUUGAAUCACUUUAUGGGAAAUUAUUAGGGCGAAAAUUUUCAUUCUUAUACGAAUGCGAAAACAGAAAAGAAUGGAACAAGGAAGUGAUCUCAACUUCAAGGCAAAAAAAACCUCAGAGAAACUGUCUGAAAAUGUGCAUAUAUUCGCCAAUGACCCAUCAUUAGCUUUCUUUCGAAUUCAGGAACAUAUUCGUAAGGUUCUGCCUGCUAUUAUAGAGAAACGAGCCGAAGUUCUCGGCUUGCAAAGCAACUUACAAGGACAUUGCUUCGAUAUGGAAUAUGGUGUUCAAGCACUCAAAUCGAUAGAAAAAUCUGAAAAUACUUUCUAUAAUAUACAAGAAAUUCUAAAGACUUCCAUUUUUCUCAAACAACAACUAAAAUAUGAGGAAAGUAGAAAAAAAACAAAGAAGGAAAGCAUCAAAAACUCGGUUUAUAAACGAUUUUCAGCGCAUCUCGCAUUAGAGCUUCCAGAUUUGCCCGACUUUAGUGGAGUCAUGCGCGACACUACCCAGCGAAUGGAGACAAUAAUAGCAACUGGCCAAGGACUUACAAAUAUUUCAACUACUCAGUCCAAUUCGGUCGAGCUUCAAAGGUCUCACACAACUUUACAUUAGUUAUAUUAAGAGAACACGACUUGUUUUGCAACAAAACAACGUUUUAUGCACUUACUAGCUUUGGCAAAUAACAUAUAAUAUAAUAUAUAAUAUAACAUACAUAUAAUAAG